UGCGUGACCCGCCCCGCACACGCGGCCCCGCCCCGGCGGCGGCGCUGGGGACGCGCCGGGGCCCCGCAGCCCCGGGGCCAUGAAGGUGAAGGUGAUCUCCGUGCUGGAGGACAACUACAUGUACCUGGUGAUCGAGGAGAGCAGCCGGCUCGCCGUGGCCGUGGACGCCGCGGUCCCCAAGAGGCUGCUGGAGAUCAUCAGGAAGGAGGACGUGGUGCUCAAGGCCAUCCUCACCACCCACCACCACUGGGACCACGCCCGUGGCAAUGAGGAGCUGGCCCGGCUCUGGCCAGGCCUGCAGGUGUUCGGGGCCGACGAGCGCAUCGGGGCCCUCACGCACAGGGUCAGCCACGGCCAGGAGCUCUCGUUUGGGGCCAUCAGGGUGAGGUGUCUCUUCACCCCGUGCCACACCUCGGGCCACAUGUGCUACUUCAUGUGGGAGGACGAUUCCCCGGAUGCUCCAGCUCUUUUCUCAGGUGACACCCUGUUCGUGGGGGGCUGCGGGCAGUUCUUCGAGGGCACGGCGGAGCAGAUGCACACCAACCUCACCCAGAUCCUGGGGGCUCUGCCCAUGGACACGAAGGUUUUCUGUGGCCACGAAUGCACCGUCAGGAACCUCAAAUUCGCCUUGAAGGUGGAGCCAGAGAAUGAAGUGGUGAAGGAGAAGCUGGCGUGGGCCAAGCAGAGGGAUGACGAGGACCUGCCCACGGUGCCCUCCACGCUGCAGGAGGAGUUCCUGUACAACCCCUUCCUGCGGGUCACGGAGGAGGCCGUGCAGAGGUUCACGGGCAGGACAGAGCCCGUGGAGGUGCUGAGGGCUCUGCGCUCCCACAGGGACAACUUCAAGAAGCCCAAGGAGAGGCCCAACCCCCAGGCCAUGCUGGCCUUUGACUGGGGGCUCUUCGGGCCCUUCCUGGAGAAGAAGUGACACCCCGUGGUGCCAGGGCUCCCUCCUGGCCGGGCCCAGCUGGGUUGGCUCCAGCCGGGCUGGGCUUUGUCUCCAAGCUGCUUGUGUGAGGCUGCUGUGCUCUGCUCUGCUCUGCUCCCCUCUGGGAUCCCUCUGGAGGCUCUGGGACCCCCCUCGUGCUGGGAUGCUGGAGGAGGGUCAGGACGUGCCUUGGAGCAGGGGACAGUCCCACUUUUGGGGGGCUGCCGUGGAAGGGGGCCAGGGAUGCUCAGGGAUUGUGGUGCUGUGCCCCACGGAGCACCAGGCUCCCCUGGCUGCCCUGCAGUCCAGGGCUGCUGGGGUGCUGGCUUUGGGACUCCUGGGAGCCCUCCUGGCCCUGCUGUCCUGCUGCAGCCCCCACAGCCCCUCCGGUCCCAUGUCCUGUGUGAGGGACACCUGGAUCCCCCCAGGGGCACUGGGAACUCACUGGUGGCACUGGUGCCCACCCAGCUCCAGCCCUGUGCUGACAAACCCCUCCCCACAGCAGGGUUUGGGUGGGCUCCCCCUCUUUUUUCCCUGUUUUCCAGUAGGUCCCACAGGGAUUCCUGUCGGGUUUGUGUCCCAGUGGCUGCCUUGGGGAGCCCUUGGCCCCCGUGGGGUGUCCAGGAGGAGCCAGCUCUGCCCCAGGAGGGAUUUCCCAAGCUGGGACAGAGUUUAGGCAGCCAAGAACAGAGUUCUGCCAGGCAUCCCCUUCUGCUUUUUGCUUUUUGCAAGAUAAAAACUGGAAAACACUCAGUGCCAACUGCAUGGACACUGCCUUGUCAAGAGCCAGGGAGCAGCUGGGGCUCCCAGGCCUCCCCACCCUCACUUUGUGCAAAACCAGGGCUGUGGUUUAUUUAUCUUUGUCUGAGAAAGGAGCAGAGCUUUAUUUGCAGGUGUGGGGAGGCACUUCACACCAGUGAAGUCAUUCCUUUUUUUUGUGUAGAAAAUGAGGGUUUGAUGGCAGCUCCCAGCACUGGGACAGAGCUGAUUUCAGGGAUUUUCCUGUGUGGACUGUGAAUUUCUUUGUUGCCACUGGAGUCUGGUUUGGGGCUUUUUCCUGUGCUACAAACCAAGUUUUGGUUGUUUUUUUUUUGCUUUUAUUAAGUUAUAGUUUGGAUUUAUUUUGCAUGGAAGGAUUUAUCCAGCUGCAAAAGCUCCCUUGGUACCACGGCCUGCAUUCCUCAGUUCCCAUGAAACGCUGGAGUUGUGGAUGCCCCCUCUGGAAUUUCUUUAUCCUGGGAGCAGGGAUGGCCCUGGGGGUGUGAGCCUGCUCCACACCUCGAAGCUGGGACAAACUCCAGCUGGUGUGGUGGCAGAGCAGGGAGCCAGGGUGGCUGCAGUGACCUCUGAGUGUGCUGGUGGCCUGGGAACUGGGGAAGUGAGCUCUGCAGCCCUGGUGCUUUCACCUCCAGCUGGUUCAGCCUCACUGACUGCAUCCCUGGGCUGGUGUGCCUGUGCCAGCCUGGAGCCCCUCCCUGGCCCUCUCCUGCUUCAGCCAGAGCCCUGCAAGGCACAGGGAAUUCACUGGAAGCACCAGUUUGCUCCUCAGGAGGGAGGGGAGGGGGCAGCAGGGGGAGGCUGAUGCCUUAGAACACUGUGAGGUCAUGCAUGAUCAGCAGCAGCUGAAAAAUGGAAAGCUUUUAAUUAAAACCAUGAAAAUUCA